AUGCUCAUGGACCACUCAGCAGGGGUUGUCUCCUUUUCUGUUUACAGGGUGGAUCACUUGUACACGUUUUUUGUUCAGUGGUCACCAGAAAUAUACGGGAAAGAUGCCAAAGAGCAAGGUUUUGUCGUGGUAGAAAAGGAGGAGCUUGAUAUGAUAGACAACUUCUUCAGUGAGCCCACUACUAAAAGCUGGGAGAUCAUUACUGUAGAAGAAGCAAAACGACGCCAUAGUUACUAUGAAGAAGAUGACGAUGAUACUUUGCCUGUCUUAAAGCAUCACAGCGCUCUCCUGGAGAACAUGCACAUAGAGCAGCUUGCCCGGCGCUUGCCCGCACGAGUGCAGGGAUAUCCGUGGCGGCUCGCGUACAGUACGCUGGAGCAUGGGACGAGCCUGAAGACGCUGUACCGUAAAUCGGCAUCUCUCGACAGCCCAGUUCUCCUUGUCAUCAAAGAUAUGGACAACCAGAUAUUUGGAGCGUAUGCUACACAUCCCUUCAGGUUUAGUGACCAUUACUAUGGCACUGGUGAAACAUUCCUCUAUACAUUCAGUCCAAAUUUCAAGGUAUUCAAAUGGAGUGGUGAGAACACCUACUUCAUCAAUGGAGAUACCAGCUCUUUGGAGCUCGGAGGUGGAGGUGGCCGGUUUGGCUUGUGGUUAGAUGCAGAUUUAUAUCACGGGCGAAGCAACUCCUGCAGCACCUUCAAUAAUGACAUCUUAUCUAAGCAAGAAGAUUUCAUUAUACAAGAUGUAGAAGUAUGGACAUUUGAAUGAAAUACUGACUGCCUUAAGGACCGGAUCCGGUAGGCACUUAAAAGCUAACUAGAAGGUGCAGGCUGCCUCACAACGUUACACGCUUUUUCCUCAAGUUUGUACCAGAGCAUGACUACGCAAAAAAAAAACCUGCUAAAGAACCGGCCUCAGAAAAUAAAACAGAGCUGGUUUUGAGAGGCAGUAAGAGACAGGACAGUAAAAGAUCCAUCUGAAGUGCUUUUUACUUCCUCUUCCAACACUCCUCCAUCGAAGAUAUGAUGCUUAUGAAAACAUUCAUGGUGUACAAGUUGAAAACUUUUUCUGUAACUGUGAAAAAGAUCCUGUGGGAAAAAUGUAACUUAUCUAGUACAUUCCAUGUGUGUUUAUGUUCAACGUGAAAAUGCUAACCAAAAAUAAAAGGUUACUGUACCAAAAUCUACAGCAUACUGUUUGCCAUGGAAAAGAAUCACAAACAGGUGUACACAGCACUUAAGGGAACAUGUUUUUAAAAUCUUUUUAUUUAUUGUUAUUGUACAGCAGCUUUUUUUUUUUUGUAAAUGUAUUAGCUAUGAAUUUUUUUCUUUUAAUGUUUCCAAUUUCAAUUUGAUAAGUAAUUACUGUUCAGGUAGGUUUCUUGCAUUUGCAUUUAUUCUGAAUUGAUUUAUUUGAUUUCUGAAGGUAAUUUUUAUAUUUUUAUUUUGUAAAUGAGAUUUGGUUUUCAUUUUACCCUAAUUAGAGGGUUUGUUUU